AUGAAGUUCGCUGCUUUCACCGCCCUCGCCGCCGUCUUCGGCUCUGCUGCUGCUGCCAACAAGGCCAAUGUCAUCAACGACUGCACCAACACCAUCUAUGUCCAGUCUUUCCCCUACGGCGGCGGUGCUCCCGGCCCCUUGACCACUGUCAAGCCCGGCCAGCGAUUCUCUGAGGAUCUCCGUGCCUCUGGUUCUACCAUCAAGAUUGCCACCACCCGAACUCUCACCAAGCCUCUCUUCUUCGGCUACUCUUCCGAGUCCCAGCCCAACAACGUUUACUACGAGUUCAGCACUGAGUACGGCAACCCCUUCGCUGACAAGCACAACAUCUUGAGCCCUGGUGAGGGUUGCGAGAAGUUCGACUGCAAGGCCAACGAUGCCAAGUGCUACAGCACCCCCAGCAUGAAGAAGGUCUACGGCUGCCCCAGCCCCGUCAACCUGUACGCCAAGGUCUGCGCCAAGUAA